AUGCCAAUACCGCACUCAUGUGAUGUGAACGUUCAUUCUUUGCGAAUGUGUACGUUAUCAACAAAUGCCACGCUUUAUCAGUGGUCAGUGUUGUUCAAGACAUCGUACGAGAAACAGAUAGCUAUGUCUCUGGUAGCGCGCGCUUUCGAGUCGAGCAAGAUCGUGCCUGAUGUCAUCCCGACGGCACCCACGGCCACCAUCGGGGUAAUUGAAAUAAGUGGCGUGGAAGCCGCGCAAGGGAACGAGAUAGCCCCCAAUCAGGUGAAGGACCAGCCCACCGUUACCUACGAGGCUGACCCUAACGCCUUCUACACACUCGUCUUCACUGAUCCCGACAACUACGACGGCCCUGAACCCGUGUACCGCGAAUGGCACCACUGGCUAGUUGGCAACAUCCCUGGCAACAACGUGGCUGCUGGCGAGGUGCUAUCUGGCUACAUCGGCUCUGGGCCACCAGAGGGCACUGGCAUCCAUCGCUACGUGUACAUCUUGUACAAGCAGCCUGGGAAACUGAGCUUUGAUGAGCCCCGACUGACUAACAAAUCAAUCGACGGCCGCGCUGCGUUCUCAACAAAGAUGUUCGCUGAGAAGUACAACCUAGGAGCUCCGGUCGCCGGAAAUUUCUACCGCGCACAGUUUGACAACUACGUUCCCCUCCUUUACAAGAGCUUAGGUGUCUAAUCUGUUAUUUAUCUUGUUAUAUUAUAGCUAAUAAACCCACCAAAUACUUA